UUAACAGCUGAUUUAUAAUAAAUUUCUUACUGCAAGUGGAUAAUUUGACCGUACAAAUUGCUUAUGAAGUAAUAAAUUAAUUGAUUAAAUAAAAGAUGUUUAUUGUUGCUAUAACUGGUGGAAUUGCUACGGGCAAAAGCACAGUAAGUCAAGUAUUUCUUGAUCAUGGUAUACCAGUAGUGGAUGCUGACAAAAUCGCUAGAGAAAUUGUGCAACCUGGAACAACUUGCUGGCAUAAAAUACGACAAGUAUUUGGAGAUGAAAUUCUUUUACCAACUAAAGAAAUCAAUCGUGAGGCCUUGGGCAGGGCAAUUUUUAGUGAUAAACACUUGCGCGGAAAAUUGAAUCAAAUAACACAUCCGGUUAUACAUCGCACAAUUUUCUUGCAGGUUUUCAAGCAUUUUAUCAGGGGACGAUCCUGGAUAGUGCUUGAUUUACCCCUACUUUUCGAAACAGGCUUACUUAUGGAAUUUAUCUAUAAAAUAGUGACUGUUUCUUGCGACUCCGAUACUCAACUGAAGCGGCUUAUACAGAGAAACGAGUAUUCCGCAGAAGAUGCAAAAAAACGUAUUGACUCACAAAUGCCAUUGGAAAAGAAAUGUGAACAAUCUAACUUUGUAAUCGACAACUCCGGCAGUGUCGAAACAACGAAGGAAGCUGCUGUGCGUAUAAUUCAAUUAAUGAAUGAUUCCAACCAUCAUUGGCGUAAUCGUGUCACUCUCUUUGGUAUAGUUUUAGGACUUGGAUUGGUCUUAUAUUAUUUAAAUCGAAUUUUCAAUAUUGUCUAAUUAGUCCAGCCUCGCAAAUAGACUUCCACAUAACAUAUUUAAUUACCUAUCUUUGGUGUGUGUGUAUAAUCAUAUUACUUGAAUAUUCAAUUAAUGCAAUGGCUGUAGCUUAGACGCAGUAGAAUGUAGGUAUAUAGAUAAAUAAAUAUGGGGUUUACACUUUUAUUUAUAGCUUUAUUUAGUUGUCAUUGAAAAUAUUUUGCAAUUAUAAAGAUGAUUAUUAUGUUAAAAAUAAAUUAGGUUGCUUAAACAUUGCUAUACAAAUAUGAA